AUGACAGUAUCAUCCUAUGACCUACCCACUGAGAUCUGGCUUUCGAUCCUGCGGCAUGUCGACUCACAAUCACUCUUCCGAACCGUCCGACUCGUAGAUCGCCGCUCCAGGUCCUGCGCCGACGACAUCUUCCGCAAUGAGAUUCUUCCCGACUUCCAGAUAAGCCUGAAUGUACUACUCGAGAGUGAAUAUCCCUUGCGACCAGGCGGAGAUGUACAGCUCGUGUUCGGCUUCCGCCAGGUCACGCAGUGGGAAGACGAUGGAACCGAGGUUGCCCAGUAUACUGUCAUCAGAUCCGAUCCUGAGGUGCGGAAGCAGAGGGCACUUGCUAGAUGGAAAGGGCGUGCUGAACCAGUGGCUGCCCGGGAUCCGCUCAUGCUGCGAGUCACUCUGCCGCCGCAAUUCCUGGUGAACAUGCAAGGCCGAGCAUGGCAGGAUUGUGUCUGUCCGAGCAGCGAUACGACCACAGGAAGAUACGACAAGCUUGAUUGGAAGGAAAGAGAUGAGCUCCUUCAGCUGGACUGGCGGAAGUUUAUGGCAACAUACUUGAGGAAGACGUCGGCGUUGGAGAAGAUUGCGGACCAGAGGAGACAGACCAUUGGUUCCCGAUUCCCGAUGUACUGAUGAGCGUGGAGUUCUUGAGAGUCCGCAAAGAUUUGCUUGGUCCUAGAGGCC